AUGACAUCCCAACAGCCUAGAUUCUCUCCGGGCUACGAAGACGAGUACAUUGGCAACGUGCUAGUCAAUGUAAUCAUUGCAUUUACUAUUCUCGAAAUAAUAUUCGUUGCCUUGCGUUAUCUCGCUCAAAGAAUUGGUCAUAAGCCUAUUGGUAUCGAUGAUUGGCUUGUUCUUCCUGCACUAAUCUUCAAUCUUGGUGUCAUUAUUGAUGCUUUAGUUGGUGUCAAGAUAGGACGUGUGGGUUACCAUAUGGAUGUCGUCGAGGUCAAAGACCCUGCUGCUCUGAUCUCCUGGGCGAAAGUUCUUGUCGUCACUCCAAUUGUAUAUUCUGCCGCAUGUUGCAUUCCAAAGAUUGUCAUUCUUACACUUUAUCUUCGCAUAUUUACACAGACAGCAUAUCGAAUAGCCUGUUACAUACUCAUAACCAUCGUCGUUUGUCUGGCGAUUGCAGAUAUUAUUUCAGGGGCAACCUUGUGUACGCCAGUCGCAUACUUGUGGGACAAGACAAUACCCGGCGGUCACUGUAUCGAUAUCGUUACUUUUUAUCGCUGGGGAACCCUUCCAAACGCUAUCACCGACGUUUUCAUGUUAAUCCUUCCACUUCCUGUGGUAUGGAAGCUUCAUACCUCAAAGCGUGUCAAGAUUGGACUCACAAUAACAUUUCUGACGGGAAGCAUAGGCUUGAUCACUUCAAUCUUGCGUUGUGUUGCCUUCUUCACCAAUGAUCCAUUGAAAGAUGGGACUUGGGCUUCAGUCACUUUCCUCAAUUGGAGUAUUAUUGAGCCUGGAGUAUAUUUAAUCGCAUGCUGCCUUCCAAGUUUUAGACCUCUAUUCUCUCUAGUCAAGCCUGGCUCCAAAAAAACUUCCAGUUCAGCAUUGACAAGAUCGAUUCUUGACGGUACAGCAGGAAAGUUAUUUGGGUCUAAGAAACGAUCUAGAGAGCUUGAUACAUUGGGCACAGGUACUGAUGAUUAUGCCUUGAAAGAAGGCAAUCAUACCACGGUAAAAUCUCCCGCACGUCAGAGUGACGAGGAAGUUCUGGUCAAUGCUUGA